GCGACAUUCUAUGCAGUGCGGAGAUGUCCUUUGUACGUACACACACACACAUACAUAUAUUCAUAUCCAAAGUUUUUGAUAAAAUUGAAAUUUGCUUUAAAAGCUAUGAAAGUGCCCAAAGAUGUUAUUUGUGGAGUGUGCAAGAAAGUCUUUUGCUGUGCCGAAUGCCGUUAUAAACACGAAAUAAAAACACACGCCAUUGUCAUAAAAAAGCCAAAAGCUCAAAAGCCAACAGCAACAAACAGUACAGAGUCCACCGCACAGGUGGAUGAAGUGAAGAAACACGAAAUCAGCCAAAUCUAUCUCUUCUGUCCGCUUUGUGAACGCAAGCCGAUGCCGCUGCAACGUGAAAUGUACGCCGAGAUGUUGGCGCAUGUGGAGGAAUUCCAUCUGCCGCUGCGCUGUCGCAAGUGCACUAAGGUCUACAACCGCAUCGACGACUUGCAGAAUUUCUCAAAAUGUACACACACCAUCAAUCCGGUGUGUUGUUACCCCGAACAGGGUUGGUGUAAUCAAUUCGAUCAGACCUGCGACACCGUUACUACGCAAAAAGACUUGGCCAAAGUCACUAUCUCGACGCAAACGUCGCCGCUGCGUCGUAACAACGAUGAGUUUCACGAGACGCCCAUGUCUAUCAUUAAUCUUCGUUGGAAGGCCAAGGGUAAGCUGACGCAAGAGGAGUUUGUGUAUGACAGCGUUUCCUCUUUGAAGAAUAUUUCAUCGAUCAGUAGUGGUUCAUUGCGCCGCAGCUUGGACGCUAUGCUAAAGCCGAAAGGUCAACUCGUGCGCACUACUUCGACGCCGGUGCACGCCGAACUGCUGUGUACUAAGCAUACAGAGCGCACCUUCAAUGCCUCCGGUGGACAAGUGUCCAGCAUUUAUCAUAGUGGCGGCGAAACUGACAACCAUAGUCCUGCCUUGGCUACAGGCGCAACGGCUACAUCAAAUGCUGCCGGGCAGUCACCAUCUAAACAGCAUUUGGAGAGUAUUAAUCGCUAUCUGAAGGUUGGUGGGCCGCGUGGAAAGAUGAGCGCCGUAACACCAUUACGUCAGGUGAUGUCGAAGAGCAUACAAAAAGCCUUCGCUGAACAUGGCGGCUUGCCAUCGACGCGUGCCAGUGGCACUGAUUUGCCGAAGCUACGUAAGAAGAUGUUUGACUCACACGCCACGGAAAGCAGCUGCAGUUCUGUUGGCUCGCCACUUGAUUUACGUAUGUCGCCGGUCGUGCGGCGCACACAUAGUGAAGUGCAAACAAGCCAACAUCAAGUUUACAAUGUGUCGGAGGAGAAAAAACCCACUACAAGUACAGCCCGGAAUGUUUGUCAUGAAGUUGUGCGCUCAGCACAAAGGCUCACCACCACCGAAUCUAUUGUAAUUACACGCACCAAACACUUGACCAGUCUAGAAUCUGCGGAAGGCAACAUAAGUGAAGCCAACAGCUCGAAUGCAUCCAAAACCUCGGAUAAACUGACCGCAUCUUCAACAAACUCAAGCAGCAGUAGUGGCGUAUCGAGCAACAGCGGCAGUUCUAUCUAUAAAACCUGCGAGAGUAUCGAAAUCAUUACGGCCACGACCGCGAUGAGCGAGCUACAGCAGGAUUACUAUGCCGUCGCGGACAAACGCGACAAAUCAGUCGAAAGAUUCGUGCCCGCUAUGGCAAAUGUGGCACAGGUUGUUAACUAUAGUUUGCCGCCAAUUACACCCAUCACACGCAUUCCUGGCGCGCUGAUAAACAAGAAGAUCAUACGAUUUGAUUCACCCUGCGAGGAGGAGGAGGAGGAGGUGGAAGAAUUAAAAAGUUCAACGGAUCAAGAAGAAGACAAGGAAAACAUUAAACCUCUAGAAAAUCAUACCACCCCCAUCAAAAGCACGAUUCCGCAUGCAUCACCGAAGUGGGUCCAAAACAAUACAGCUAAUGCAGGUUCAAAAGCCAUAGAAGAAAAAGUUACAGAAACCCCACGCAGCACCAAUUCUUCCAUUUCUGACGCCUUCUUUACGCCGAGUGCAACGCCUCUACCAAGAAGUAAACGAGUAGCGUACCCUGAAGGGUCACUGAAACCACAUAAGUUUAUCGAACCCACUGCAAGUCGUGCACCUUUGCUUAGUAAAAUUGACAGACGAGCUGCCUUCGAUCGCUCUGAAACCGUAACUGAUAGUGACAUUGAAAAUGACGUGGUUCAUCAUGGUGGUACACCUAAACAUCAAGACAACCGAAAUAUUUCAACCGGCCUGGGGCGAUCAUGGUCAUUUGGCGCUUUGCUGGGUUCCGUGAUGCGUUUAAGGACGGGUAAAGGCCCAGCAGUGGAGAAAACUGAAACUCAGGGCAGCAAAGAUUGUCAUUCGAAUUCAGUAAUAAAACGCUGCGCGUCUAUAGCAGGCUCCCUAAUACGCACACAGUCCCUAGCUGAUGAGGAUGAGCAAAUGCAUAAUCAAAAGCGUAAACGAUCAUAUACGACGGAUACGAAAACGGGCGCUAAUCAGACGAGGCACUACAGUGAUCCUCUGUCACCAACUAUGGAGAACACUCUACGGACCAAACGUUUUCGUAUACAAGGGCGUAAGCCAAUAGAUCGAAUGCGUAGAGAAUUUUAAAUUUUAAAACGAUUUUAUUUUCAUAUUUGUAAGGUACACGUAUUUAAUGUUCGAUCAAUUAUUAUACUACAUUCUUGUAUUUAAUGAUAUUUCCCUUAAAUUCCUAACCUCUAACUUUUUAAGUCGCCAAAGAAAAAGUUUCAAAUAUUAAGUUGAUUUUAAAAAUGAGGAACUAAUUUAGUUUAGUGCACGAAAAGAAG